CAAAAAAAAAACUCACAAUCCGAUGGAGUACGCACAGCAGACGACCCCUCCAAUGGGUCAAUCGCCAUUCUUCUACUACAACCCGGAACCAAGCCCCGAUAACAAGCAACAUGGUCACUUCACACCACACCCACACCACCCACACGCUUUGCCAAUGCCGCUCCUCCCCUCGACCCCAGAGCACAUGAUGCACUUCCCACACCACCCCGUCUACCACCGACCGCAAUCUGCAGGAUCGCAAAUAUACUACCACCCGCCCGUCCACGCCUAUGGACCACCUCCAAUGCUUACUCCACAUGCUUCACCACGCCAGUUUGAGCGACCACAAUACGUCGUGCAACACGAAGCGCACGUCUUGAUGCCAAUCAACACCGAGUGCCAGGCCUACUUUCCAGCGACCCCCACUCUCUCCGCAUCAGGAUCAUUCAGCUCAGCAUCUACACCUCCAUCAACGUGCGGCAUUCUACCAACUCCAGUGAACGGACAGGGCGGCGUGUUCUUCGCGAAGCCGCACACGCUUGCAUACCCAGCUGUGAAGCAGGGCUGUGAGGAGGAGGUCUUUUCCGAGGUUUUGGCUGGAGGUGACUGGGCUCGCCCAGGAUCACCACCUAUGACCCCAGUCUUCUUGCACAACAACUCCGUAUCCGCUGCGAGCACACAGUCUUACGAAAUCGCGUCCGGGCCAAAUUCGGCUCAUGUCUCUCCUUCCCCGUCCCCGGUACCACGAUCCGUGGCUUCCGAGCAAGAUGUAUGCGACCCGCGCCACCUCAGUAUUGGCAACUGCGCACCCGAGCUCCCACUGUUGCCCACCUUGUGCCCCGGAGAUGAUGAAGAACACAAGCUUUUGAAGGGCGAUGGCCAGGAACCAACCGUGCACAUCGCUGCUCCAGCCGAGCUCGUCAAUUAUGGUGGCCUGCCAACAUUCGAGCCCAUCUUCGAGCUCGAUGUGGAGGACGACUUCAAUGGCAUGGUCUCGUACCAAGGCCAAGAGGUGAACUACAACGGAGCUAAGCGUCAACGACUUGAUCUCCAGACUAGCUUUGAGGAUGACGGCUUUUUCAGUGAGGAGUCCUACAGCGAUGAUGACCUCGCUCAAGGAGCCUACUCCCCACCAUCAUCUGAGUUCUCUGCUCCCGAGUACUCGGCUGCCGCCCAGACCAAGUCGAAGCGCAAGUCUUCCAAGAAGGAGCCAGUCCAGCACUCAGCACCAUCGACCCAAGAACAAGACUCUGCCCCAAUCUCGACAUCUCAGAGCGCCGAAGAAGAAGAGAACACCGAGUCCGCUGCUGCCUCCCCAGCCCAGAGUGGAAGUGGUGUGUCUCGCCGAGGUCGCAAGCAGUCACUGACCGAUGACCCUUCGAAGACUUUCGUCUGCACACUCUGCAGUCGACGUUUCCGAAGACAAGAACAUCUCAAGCGCCACUACCGAUCACUCCACACUCACGAGAAGCCAUUCGAGUGCUCAGACUGUGGUAAGAAGUUCUCUCGAUCAGACAACCUGAGCCAGCAUCAGCGCACCCACGGCGCUGGGACCAUGGUCAUGGGUGUGCUCUCGCAGCCUUCCGACCAGCACAUGCACCAGCCGAUUGACUCUGUCAAUGGUGGUGAUGCCGGUAGCGUCAUCCGACCCAAGCAGGAGCCUCAAUACAUCCCUCAGCAACACCAAUACCCACCCCAGCACCGGGUCAGCCCCGAUGCCAAUGAGCUUGGUACCAUGCUGUACGAUGUCACUGCUCAAAUGGCCGGCUCGAGCUCGAGCAGUGUCAGCUACUCAGAUGGUGACUAUUCCCCUACCUCAGAUCGCAAGCCAGCGAAGAAGAGGAAGCGGGAUGAGUAGAUGCAGACACUCAACAACAACAACAACAACAUUUCUUACUCACCUGUUGAUGUCUUUGCCGCACAGUGGGACGUCUUGACGAGAACACUGACUCACACCGCCGCAAAGGAGAUUACGAUACGAAUGAUGUCGUUACGCCGGGGAUACCACGCACUAGAAAAUGGGAAUCAUGGGGAAUAUAACUGGAGCUCACACAAAAUUUCUUUCAUCAUCUUGGGUGCAACGAAGCUUUUGGGGGGAAGCAGGCAGGCACCUUUACCACCACUACCUUGACACCUGACCGACACAUCAUCACCCACACCUUCGCUUCAAAACAACUACUUUCGCUUCAACCAUCGGCUUGGAACAGGACGGAGAUUCGAUUUGACCAUUCUUACCUUUCUUGGACAUGCUUUGUUACUUCUUGCCUUUCGCUUGUACAACACAUAAUACCAUUCUUCACACCACACUGGAUACUUUUGACAGGACACGCUGCAAUGCGAUGCGAUGCGAUGCGCUGCUGUAUUUUUUUCUUGUUGUAUAUUAACAUUCGAGACCAAUUUUUCUUUCCUUGCGUUCUCUUUUCGACAGCAAGAAUGGGCCUGGGGCUUUUUUUUUGUGUUUGUAUAUUAUCUUCACCACCUAUUUUGGGGGAAAUUUUUCGCUCUCUUCGUCCUGGUCGAUGAAGUAAGAUGUUGUCGGGAUGGGAAAGGGAAAGGGAAAGGUGUGCUGUUGUACCUUUUGAGAGGAAGAGUUUUUUCGUUGUUGACUCCUUGUUGGACUCUUGUAUGUAUGUAUCACAAUCACAAUCAUUAUCAACUUGUACUACUACUACUACUACUAGUAUUAUGGAGAAAAUGUCUGGGAC